UGACCUCAGAGUGGUCUGCAUGGCGCAGCGGUGGUGUGCUCGACGCAGAUAUAAUAAUUACUUAUCACUAAUGCAAAUGAACAAGUGGGACUUAUAAUUUCGUGUUUCUUAAGAACUUUCCCGGUUUAACUGUGAAGGAGGUGACAGUGAGUUGUGAAGUGUACAACGAAGCAACAACAUUGCACGAAGAAUCAAGAAUACGAAAUUAGAAAGUACCUACCACAGAAGAGAAUGGAAUAUGCAACCAUAAAGGAGCAGAACUUGUUACCGAACGGUAGCAGACCACUACGCAGAGAGAAAGCCAAAUAAAGUCGAGAAUAUAUGCCACAAAAUUACCAUCUGUUCAUUUCCAUAUAUAUAUACGUGUAUAUAUAUAUAUAUACAUACGUGUGUGUAUAAGGCACAGCUGACUCCCCCUUUCACUGUACAAACGUUGAUACCGAGAAGUGGACACAAUGGACAACGUCACUUUCUACAUAGAAGAAGAAGAAGCAUCCAGCAAUGAUUCAGUCCAAGAAUCUGACAAUGAAGGAUGUGACUCAGCCUUCGAGAGCACACUGUCAGCUUUGAAAAGGACCCAGAAGUCUUCUGUAGUGCUCAAUACCAACUCGAGCGUCGCCAGACUAAUUGAGAACGAAGAACUCAACUCACCAUCGUCUUCAAGUCUUCAGUCAUCCGAGAGUAUUGGACGGAUGCAUAAUGAAGUGAAUUAUGUUCCCAACAAAUCCUCUGAGUUAAUCCUUGAUGUCUCAUCACCGUGCUUCCCCAUUGAGCAAGAUGCCAUCAGUAACCAGAGUAGAUUCCAGUUUCCAACAGGGAACGGAGCGUCAUUCAAUAACAUGAGCACCAUUAGCGGCCAGUGGAUUUUAAAGAAGCAGGACCCAGCCAGUUACUGGGACCGAAUAUCUUCCACAAACAUUGCGAAAGAGAACGCAGAGGAAACCCGUACGAAUGUAUCUAUGACCAAAACUGAAAAGAGGCAAUGGUUCAACAAAACACUGAGCUCUAACUUAAGUCUGAUAUAUUCAAUUCUGCUCGUUACUCUGGGCGGCAUCAUCUACGUGUGGGACGUCCUAGAGAGCCACGCAGUCCCCAUCGCUGAGUGGUUCAACAUCUACCUGAUGGUGGUCCAGCUGCUGUUUCUGAUGUACAUUCACUUGGACUGUCGACGGUACACAACCUUGAUUGCCAAGAAGCUAAAGCAAGCAGAAAAGAAAAAGGAGUUGUUGGAAAGCAAGUAUUCUGAGUCCCAGGAGUCUCCAGGAAUUGAAGGGAAUCCACCCAAAGUAGAGUAUGAAGACAUUGAGGAGAUUCCACAGUACUACGGAUUCUCGUCAGGCAGACAUGGAGGGUCACUGUACGUCAAAAUUGGAGCUGCAGUGUUCUGCUUUGGAUACAUGAUCCAAGCAGGGUUGGGCUUGGGCCAAAAGAUCCUCUACUUCAUCAACCAAAAACCGGGCUCUGAGCCUUGUACCAGUGAGACCGACAUUGCCAUGGGUGUUCUGAAAUUGAUUUAUGUCUUCUACAAACUCUUUUUCAUUUUCAAAUUUUCAAACGUUAUCAUUAAUCACCGGCUGUACAUAUCCCACUUUGGACUCUUGCACUGCAUUGGAGCUUCUCUCUGCUUUUGGGUCUACAAUAUCCUUCAGGAAACCUUCCAGUCUCUCUCUUUAAAAGACCCACAAGAACAAAACUCAACUAAACUCGUCACAGUUGACUAUGCCAUUCUCCACGGGGAAACGAAGGAUAAAACUUGGAACUUCCAUUUCGCUUGCGACGACCACAACCAGCUGUCAGACACGAUCAAUCAUCUGACUCCAUACUUGUUUCCUUUUAGUAUUGAGUACAACAUUCUAAUGGUCGGUUUCUGGAUCCUCAUGCUGGAGAACCUCGGCCGAAUGGACCGUCACACCCACAUCCCUUCCAUCGAAGUGACUUACGAGGAUGACGUCACCAACGGCAAGUCUCUGAUAUCCAACUUCCUCAUAUACGUGGAUUGCCAUGCCUCUAUGAGAGGUCUGUUUGCAGGGCUAAUUGUCACAGUAUUCGCAACAAUUUCAAUCAUCCUUUUCUACGUCUUGUCCGCCGCUGAACACACUGCAGACAUCGCUGUGGAACUCACGGCCUAUGCUGAGAUGACAAUUUUCCUCCUGAUGUUAGCGUCCUCAAUUAUAGUCUUCUACCACCUGCAAGAACUUGAUAUCAUGACCCACUUUUCUAGUAAUGCCGACAGCAUCCUGCUGUAUAGCUGCCUACCGCUGAUCUUCUUGUACGCAAUGGCCUGUGCCAUACCUUACAUAGAAUACGAGCACAUAGUCACCUGGUUCUUCAACGUUACUCAAAUCAUUCAGGCAAUCGUCCAGACGGCCCUCAUCUGCGACGGGCUGAGGAGGUGCUCAAACAACCCAACAGUGCGCAACAAGAAGCCAGGGAGGGAGUUCAUCAUGUUCCUUGUAGUCUCCAACCUAGCCAUGUGGCUUAUGCAGACCUUCCAGAUCAAGAGCAAACACGGGAAUAGCACCGCUUACCACUUUUACGGAAAGGAGAUAUGGACUCUCGUCUCCCACUUCACGUUGCCCUUCGUCCUCUUCUACCGCUUCCAUUCGUCUGCCUGCUUCGCCAUCAUGUGGAUGGAGGGUUACAUGGCGGAGCCGACGACGUGAGUGAAGGCUGCUUCACUCUCGUGUUCAUAAUCUUUUCAGGAAAAGGAAAUGUGCAGUUUGACUUUUCAAAAUCGUCGUCGAAUGAGAGAGAGAACGCUGCGCAUUCCAGGGUGCUUGCUCAUAUUCACGGGCAUGCACGCACAUACACACAUAUACACAUAUACAUAUACACACAUACAUAUAUAUGUAUGUAUCGAAAAAAAAUAAGUCAAUGUCGAAUACAUUAUUAAUUAAGUUAACAAUUCAAUUUCUACCUGUAUGUUUAAACCCCAGCAAACACGUACUAUAUUUACUGGCACUUGCUGUUGUCAAAAAUAAUAAAUUCGAGUAUAAUACAAUAUAACUAUCUCUUGUAUAAGUUAAAUGUUCCUUGGUAAUUAACUUUUUGGAAACGUGUGAAGUUACGUAUGCCUGUCUAGAA